AUGGGAAAAUGGUUGGUAGGUUUAUUUGGAAUAGUUUCGGUUGUAACACAAAUAGAGGCCGAUUAUCCAGACACAACUAAUGUGAUUGAUUUUCAUAAUUUGGAAAAUAAUACCCCUGAAAAUUUACAAGUUUUGGAACAAUCAACCAUGUCAUUUACAAAGGAAGAACUUUUAAGCAAAAAGAUUUAUACCUUUAAAGGAUAUCCUGGUUUUUAUGUUAUUAAAGAUUUAAUGACACCAGAAAAACAAAUCUAUUGGAUAAAGCAAGCACUAGAAACCUAUCCAAAUCCACCAAAUAUUACCAAUCACACAAUGAAAAACGGAGAAAUCUUGGAUAUUUUCAAGAGAAGUGUUGAAGGGGAUGAAUCUGCAAAGAACUAUCUUAAAAAAUUGGCUUGGUGCACUCUUGGAUAUCAAUAUGAGUGGACUACAAGAAAAUAUCACAAGGAUAAAUUUGUUCAAUUCCCACAUGAUAUUGGAAAUUUCUGUGACCUCAUUGCUUGCCAAUGUAAUUAUGGCCCAUACAAGCCAGAGGCAGCCAUUGUCAAUUUCUACUCAAAGGACAGACUUAUGGGAGGUCAUGUUGAUGAUGCUGAAUAUGAAAUGACCAAACCAAUCAUCAGUUUGAGUAUUGGAUCAAAAUCAAUUUUUUUGCUUGGAGGUGAAACAAGAGAUACUGAACCAAAGGCUAUUUUCUUGGAAUCUGGUGAUUGUAUGAUUAUGGGAGGAAGAGCAAGAUAUUGCUUCCAUGGUAUUGCUAGAAUUCUCAAAGAUACUAUUCCAGAAUAUCUUCAAACUAAGUUCGUCGAUCCAAAAUAUAAAAUCUAUGCUGAAUAUAUGGAAAGAGACAUGAUGAGAAUUAAUAUUAAUGCAAGACAAGUUUUUGUCGAUGAAGAACAGAAGCAAGAUUUUGAUACUAAUGGUCCUGUAACAUCAUCUCAAUAA